AUGAGCACCUCAAAAGCCCAUUUACAGAAGCUCCGGCCCGCCGAAACCGCUCUUUUUGUUUGCGAUUUACAGGAAUCUUCAAGGUAAAUUGUGGAUUUCUGUUUUUUCUUUAUAAAGAGUCAUCAAAAAUAUGGUUUUAGAGGAGCAAUUCAGUACUUCUCAGAGAUUGUUCAAGUGGCCAAAAGACUAAUCGAAGGCGCAAACAUCUUAAACAUGCAGAUUUUGGCUACUGGACAUUGGCCUGACCAGGAAAGGUAUGGAAUUUUGGUGAGGUUAACCUAGAGGUUAAUUAAGCCUGACCGUGAAAAGAUACGAUGCUUGAAGCCGCAUUUUUGGCUAUUUAUUGAUAGUAUAUAGUUGGUAUAAAUUUACAAGGGAAGUAGUCCAAUUGCAACACUCAGAUUUUGAUGAAACUUGACACAAAUUUAGAAUAAUUUUUUCUAGAUAUAUGCGAGAAUUCUAGCUCGCGCUUUGUAGAAACAACCGAGAUUUUUGGGCCGAAAGUUGGAAAAAAUUUGAGAAUUUUUUGCGAAUUUUGGCAUGAAAAUUUUGAUGGCUAUUUCUACGGUAGAGGGUAAUGUUUCCACAAAAAAUCAAUUUUUUUUGCGCGAAAUUGCCAAAGUUAUGGCCAAAAAAUUUUUUUUCCCUCUGACCGGUCUCCGCGUUUCGCGUACUCUCUCGGCAGCAAAGAUCGUUCAAUACCUCGGCUGCAUCUGCAAAGCACGAGCUAAAACUUUCAGGAAUUAAUGAGUGAUCUAUGCCCGAGUUAUGUGCAAAAUUUAAAGAAAAUCUGAGUACUUCCCUUAUAAGAAAUAAUUUUUUUUUCAAUUUUUUUUCAAAAAAUGAUGACAAAAGGGGUUGUCAUCAAAAAAAUCAAUCUACCAUUCCAUUUUUCAGACAAACCGUCUGCGAAUUGGAGCUCGAAAAGUUUGGCGUUGAGCUGGUGGAGAAGACCAAAUUCAGCAUGUGUGUGCCGCUGAUCGGAGAGAAACUGAAGCCAACAGUAAAAUCAGUCAUAAUCUGUGGAACCGAAGCCCACGCCUGUGUGCUUCAGAGUGUUUUGGACCUACUGUCGAGUGGCUAUCAAGUUCAUGUUGUUGUUGAUGCCACCAGUUCAAGAGGGGCGCCGGAUCGGUUCUUUUCGUUUCGGUUGGUCUGCCUUGGGAAAUUUUAAAUAUUAAUCCUUUUUCAGGCAGAUGGAGCAAGCUGGCGCUGUUCUAACGACCAGCGAAUGCGCUCUUCUUGGGCUGAUUGGGACUUCGGAUCAUCCGAAAUUUGAGGAAAUUCGAGAACUGGUCAAAGAAAGUGCUCCGGACACGGGUCUUCUGCAAUGUCAUCUUUGA